AUGCCACUAAUCUUAAGCCCAAUCACAAAUUUGACACUCGUGCUCACCGUUGCCUUUUUCUUGGAUCUUGAUGACAUUCACCUUCCAAACUUGCCAAGACCGCCAAAGGCCUUCAGAGGAAUCCGCAAGAAGAGCUCUUCAUUGAAACGUUGGCUUGCUAUAUGCUCUGAUGAUUUGACUAAGAACGGACGGUACCAUGCUACUACUAGCCUCCUCCGCCAGUACCUUGGAGAUUUUUUAAUUGUUUCAUACUUGGAUGUUAUUGAAGAGUCUGGUUACGAUGAUGCAUAUGUGAAGGAAGUUGAAAAAGCAGCGGCAAAGCACCCAAGAGGCCGUAGUUGCAGGCUUGCAGCAACCGCACCAAGUCUGGGAGGCGCUGGGAGGGUCUGGGAGGCGCUAGGCGGGGCUGGUCUAGGCGGUGCUGGGAGGGUCUGGGCGGAGCUAGGCUGGUCUGGGCGGCGCUGGGAGGGUCUGGGAGGCGCUAGGCAGGUAUGGGCGGAGCUAGGCGGGUCUAGGCGGCGCUAG